AUGAUUGAUUCACCCCAAUCCGAGUCGUUAGACAGUCCGUGCUUGUCGACAAAUCCGUUACAAGAAUUGCUAGCAAUGGCUGGCCGAGUGAACGGUCUUCCCGGUCGACCGUUGGUCGCUUUAUUGGAUGGGCGGGAUUGCUCGAUCGAGAUGCCGAUUUUGAAAGAUGUUGCCACUGUGGCGUUCUGUGAUGCACAAAGUACACACGAGAUUCAUGAAAAGGUUCUAAACGAGGCCGUUGCCGCGCUGAUGUGGCAUUCGAUUCAACUCUCUCGAGAAGAUUUGGAGAAAUUUCGAGCGCUGAAAAUUGUAGUUCGAAUAGGCACUGGUGUUGACAAUAUCGAUGUGAAAGCCGCCACUGAGCUUGGUAUUGCUGUUUGUAACACUCCUGGAGAUUGUAUCGAGGAAGUGGCUGAUUCAACGCUUUGUUUGAUUUUAAAUUUGUAUCGCAAAACGUUCUGGUACGCGAAAGCGAUGAAUGAGGGAAAAAGGAUUUCAACAGCUGAGCAAGUGCGCGAGGUUGGGGCUGGUGCGCGGCGGAUUCGUGAUGAAACUCUUGGAUUGAUAGGCUGUGGUCGAAUCGGCUCAGCUGUUGCGAUUAGAGGGAAAGCUUUCGGGAUGAAAGUGAUCUUCUACGAUCCUCAUCAACCAGAAGGAUAUGAAAAAGCUUUAGGCAUUGAAAGAUGCCACUCACUAGACGAUCUCUUGUACAAAGCGGAUUGCAUUUCGUUGCAUUGCACACUAUUAGAAGAAACACGGCAGAUCAUCAACGAGCACACAAUAAAACAAAUGAAACAAGGGAGUAUGAUUGUGAAUACAUCAGCUGCUGGAUUGAUAAAUGAAGCCGAUUUGGCGAUGGCGUUGAAAUCCGGACAUCUUCGGGCUGCUGCUUUGGAUUGUCACGAGUCAGCUUUUGACUCAAAUAUUUCUCCAAUGCUUGCGAAUUGCCCAAAUUUGAUCAACACUCCUCAUGCUUCUUGGUAUUCUGAGGCUUCAUCAAAAGAGCUACGAGUAUCAGCGGCAAAAGAGAUUCGACGAGCAAUCACUGGCCGAUCGCCACAAGAUUUGACAAACUGUGUGAACAAGGAUGAGCUUUUGGCGGCUGCACCUGGACCAUCAAAUUCGAGAAGAGGAGCCACAGCUACAGCCACUGUUCACGCUCAACCUGGCCCCUCUGGAUUCAAUCCAGGAGCGCUUGGAGCAAUCGGAAACUUUAGCUUUAAUGGUCUUCCCCAAAUGGGCUCUUUCCCAUACGGAAAUCCAUUGUUGGCGAUGACAGCCGGUGGAAUGAUAAAUCCUUUAUUGAUGAACUCUGGAAAUCCGUUGGCACAAUUCUCGGCAGCAUCCGGUUCACCAGCUACAGCCGCUUUGAGUUCACUUGCAGCCGCGGCUUCAGGUCAAAUGCCGAGUAGUCCAGCGAGGGGAAGUCCUAGGCCAAAAUCGUCAAACACUCCGAGCAUAAAAGGUGGAUCCCCAGCUGUGAACGGAAACAGCUCUGAUGCUGGCGGUUCGUCCCCAUCUGAUGCGCCUACUCCAUCCGUUUCCAGUAAUACAACAGCUCCAGCUAAUGAGGAUUUGAAAAAGGUAAAGGAAGAGCCAAGCGUGAAUGGCUCAGACUCCGGUGCUCUCGAGAUCGACUCAAGU